UAUGAUGCAAUCAUCUUCCUUGUAUUAUAUAUAUUGCACCACCAACCCAGACAUUCUGCAGUUACAUAUUUGUUUUCCUGCAGUUCUUGCUUAAUAUUCUGCGUAUAUAUAUAGCACUGGUGUUUUGGAUCAGGAUCAUGGGAGACUCAUCUGCUUCAUACAUACACAUGGUGCAGCACCUUAUAGAGAAGUGCCUGAUCUUCAACAUGACUAAAGAAGAGUGCAUGGAAGCUCUCUCUAAACAUGCAAAUAUCGAGCCUGUCAUCACCUCCACUGUGUGGAAAGAAUUAGAGAAAGAGAACAAGGAAUUCUUCGAGGCCUAUGCUCAAUCGAAAAGCAAGGAUGACAGAAUGUCCGAGGAAGAAACCAGUCGAGUGAUUCAGAGGAUGAUCUCCCAACAAUCAGAAUCAGAAUCCUCUAAAGAUCAUGAUCCAGAUGAAUAAAGAUUAAUUAAUGAUGUAUUAAUUUUUCCAUGAAAGCGAUCGAUCCCUCGAUCUCCUUAUCAUGUUCGGUGUUCGGGCUGGUAGUUUUGCCUUCCCUCGAAACUCUAAUCCGACCAAAACACAAAGGGAAAAAAAAAAAAAAAGUUAUCUCGAAGUCUUGUUGCGGUCCCUGUAUUUGUGAAUUUAAUGCAGAAAACCACGGUCUGUUGCUUCCAUGGUCCUCCUAGCCACAAAUAAAAUCAUGUAUUGUGCUGUAUGAAACAAAAGACAGCACCAACUAUUUAAUUAGGGUGUAUAUAAGAAUAUAUCAUAAUUGUAUUCGGAUCCAAUAUUCAUCAAUGUAAUCAGUCGAUCAGGGGCUAUUAUGUCA